AUGUGGCCUGACCACGUGAAACCACCAUGGAAAACGUCAAAGUGCGAUCGCCUCAGUUUCCCUGUGGUCACGCUGAUUUGCAUAAUUAUGCUGGUGCAACAGGUGUCAACUGAAAAUUUCACUCCAUUAGGAACAAACAGAGGAAUUGUGGACUUGCUGGCAGCUACCGAGAUCCAGGAAAAACCUUUCGGAGUGAGGAAAAUCGAGCCACGUUGCCGAAGAAAUGGAACUGCCUACAACAUCAGCGAGUCGGCAUUAUUGACAGUGAACACUGUCACAGUCUUUCCCACAGGAGUGCCCCCAAAUUUCUCCAUUCUAGCUGUUGUUAAACCGGAAGUUGGUAAUGAAACUUAA